AUGGGCAGGCAUGCCAACCCUGACAUAAGGCGAGCCUUUGAAGAGUUCCAAGAUGAAAACACGCCCUCGAAAUGUAAUAAAGUGCGCUGUCUACACUGCGGCUUUGUGCGCGCGAAGAACACGACGCGCCAGAUUGAGCAUCUCCAAGACUGUCAACGAUAUCUCGCAUCUCCCGAGGCGCAGGCCCACCUUCUCGCGCAAGAGCAGCAGCAGCAACAGCAGCAUCAGCCUCCGUUGCAGAAUGGACUACCUGUUGAUCCGAAUAUGCCCCAGGCGGGCCCGAGCCAGAUUUCAAAUGGACAGCAGCCCAACCCAAACCUCCAAGUAAACCGGCGCGGACCUAACAAUAAACGCGCUCGCGAUGGACAACCUAUUGCGCCAAACCUUGCCAUGGCACCCAAUGUCGCGCCUUCUCUGACCUCGCAUCUCUUGACCAUCUGCUCGGGACCAUUUGCGCAGGCAACACAGCGACCGUUUCUAUCGCAUGCCGGUUGUGGAUCGCUAGGAGCAAGGCCGUUGUCGCAAUGGCUAGUACAAGACGGACACUAUGCGCGAGGGUACAUACGCUUUAUAGGCCAGCUGCUGGCCAAGAUACGACUGCCGCAGACGCACAACUCACAGUUCCAUCCCAUGUAUCGCACCAUGGACCUUCUCAUUUCCGCUCUCAACAACAUGCGACGAGAGAUGCAGUUCUUCGAGAUCACCGCGACUAAGUAUGGACUUGCGCUGGGCAUGGAGCCGCCCACACCCAUCACACGCGCCCUGCUUGACCUCCUUGUAAGCGCGAGUAGUGCAAGCGCGUCACUUCUAGAGGGCAUGGUCGUGUUAUGGGCAAGCGAACAUUGCUACCGCUCCGCCUGGCAAUACGCUUCCUCCUUCUCCAGUACCCUCUCCAAUACCUCCACCGACUCGCACAUCGUCGCCCUCCACCAAGCUCUCAUACCGAACUGGACCUCCCCGGCCUUCAGCAAGUUUGUCGAGGCAACCCGCACACUCGUCGACGAGCUAGCCAACAUCACAACCACACGCGAUGGCAAGGAAGAAAUGUCGCGUUGCGAAGAGAUCUUCCGACAAAUAUGCUGGUUGGAAGAGCGCUUCUGGCCUGAAGUCGACGGCAUGGGCGACAACAACGAGAGUGCAAGAAUGGGUCCUCCAAUGGGUCCCAUGAGCGCAGGCCUAGACAACAACAUGCCAAGCGGACUACCCAACGGGAACGGUAUACACAACCAUAAUCGCAAUAAUAGCAUGCCAGGACCCAGUAUGAACACAAACAAUGUACCCACAAAUAUUCACGGUAAUCCCGUAAACGGAAGAAAUAGCAUGAGCGGCCCUGUCCGUAAUGCUAGCAUCAACGGUCCCAUGCCGAAUGGCCCUAUCAAUGCGGCGAUCAACAAACACGACAACACGCCUGUGAACGAUAGUCGUAAUCCGUUUGGUUUGCCGAGGAAUGGUAUGGAGAGUAUGGGCCAGGGCUCGUAG